AUGGGAGAUACUAGUCCAAGAACAUCAGGCUCAACAGAUGGCGAGACAGAUCAUAACAAUGUAAUGUACGAUGAAGGGCAUUUGGGGAUCGGUGCUUCUGAUUCUAGUGACCGUUCAAAGAAUAAAUUGGAUCAGAAGACGCUUCGUAGGCUCGCUCAAAACCGUGAGGCUGCAAGGAAAAGCAGAUUGAGGAAGAAAGCAUAUGUUCAGCAGCUAGAGAACAGCCGACUGAAGCUAACACAACUUGAGCAGGAGCUGCAAAGAGCUAGGCAACAGGGUGUAUUUAUCUCAAGCUCCGGAGACCAAGCCCAUUCUACCGCUGGAAAUGGAGCAAUGGCAUUUGAUGUAGAAUACAGACGGUGGCAGGAAGAUAAAAACAGACAGAUGAAGGAGUUGAGUUCUGCUUUAGAUUCUCAUGCGAGUGAUGCUGAGCUUCGGAUAAUUGUAGACGGAGUGAUUGCUCACUAUGAGGAGUUUUACAGGAUAAAGAGCAACGCAGCUAAGAACGAUGUCUUCCAUUUAUUAUCGGGGAUGUGGAAAACACCAGCUGAAAGGUGUUUCUUGUGGCUCGGUGGUUUCCGUUCAUCAGAACUUCUCAAGCUUAUAGCGAAUCGUUUGGAGCCGUUGACAGAACAACAGUUACUAGACUUAAAUAACUUGCAACAGUCUUCCCAACAAGCAGAAGAUGCUUUAUCUCAAGGGAUGGACAGCCUACAGCAAUCACUCUCUGAUACUUUAUCGAGCGGGACUCUUGGUUCAAGUUCAUCAGGGAAUGUCGCAACCUACAUGGGUCAGAUGGCAACGGCGAUGGGGAAGUUAGGUAGCCUCGAAAGCUUUAUCCGCCAGGCUGAUAACUUGAGGCUACAAACAUAUCAACACAUGUUAAGAAUAUUAACAACCCGACAAUCAGCUCGUGCCCUCCUUGCAAUACACGAUUAUUCGUUGCGACUACGUGCUCUUAGCUCUCUAUGGCUUGCCAGACCAAGAGAGUGA